AGGAGGGCAGUGCUCUUGUCGGGAGAUAGGGAAUGCCCGUUAGUUGCGUCUGCUGAUAAUAGCACAUCAGCCGGAGUGCUGCUAUUGGGAGAGCAGAGCGCAGGCAGUGCGGAGGACUGAGCCUCUGAGCACAGAAUGGCACACUAGAGAAGACAGGCACACUCAGAGACAGAGACAGAGAGAGAGACAGAGUAAAGGAGGAGAGAGUGCAUCAGAGCACGCUGAGAAGAGGAGGACAGGGAAGGAGCAGAGCAGUGGAGAGAGGACGGGGAGAAAAGUUACCAGAACGUGGGAGUGGAGCAGCUGAGACUCACGGGGGUCUCACUCCCACUGGAGCACAGCAGUGAGCAGCACAGGAGGGGAGCACUGUAACUUCUUCCUGGAAGGACAGUCCUGUCAUAAGGCGAGGGUAAUGCUCCUCACAGGACUCUUCUGCACAGCUUCAGGACUAUCACAGGAAGACAGCAGCAGCAGUCAGAAGACAGAGGUGCCUGAGCAGUGCAGUUCUAUUCACUUCUGUACUGAGGACUUUCUUCCUCAACUGUGUGCUCUGAGGUGGAUGUAGUUGUGUGUCUGUGAGGCUUUUAUCUUUUUUUUAUUUUUGCUUCAAAGCCUGAAGCAGCCGAGACUUGGAGGUCGAGUUGUUCUGUCCUGUCAUUCCUGAGACUAUGGUAGACUGUGCGUCAGGGAGCCCUUCAUCAGCAGCUGCAGCCCUAGAGCAUGGAGAAGUCCAGCAGUGAGGAGUCAGCCAUUCACCGUAGCCCCUCAGUAGAUAGCCGUGACUCAGAUUUUGCCCAGGCGUCCACGUCUGGCCGCCCGUUUGGCGGCCGCGGCUUCACUGCCGGCGCAUUCUACGGCUCCACGGGGCCACGCAAAAACGCACAGCAGGGGCAGGCUGGAGCGGCAGCAGACGCCAGCGCAGGAGACAAGACCAACAACAAGUACAGCUCACCCAAAGGCAGCAAAUACGUAGUCUUUUACCUGGAUCUAUCAUUUGUGUUCCUUUUAGAAUUCAAGAAGUGCAACAUGGCAAGGGGCUGCCUCUGCUGCUUGAAGUAUAUGAUGUUCAUCUUCAAUCUCAUCUUCUGGUUAUGCGGCUGUGGGCUGCUCGGCGUGGGCAUCUGGCUCUCUGUGUCACAGGGCAGCUUCGCCACCUUCUCGCCCUCAUUCCCAUCACUGUCGGCUGCCAACAUGGUCAUCGCCAUCGGCGCCAUCGUCAUGGUAACGGGCUUCCUCGGUUGCCUGGGUGCCAUCAAGGAGAACAAGUGCCUGCUUCUGAGCUUCUUCAUUGUCCUGCUGAUAAUUCUCCUGGCAGAGCUGAUAUUGCUCAUCCUGUUCUUUGUGUACUCAGAUAAGGUGAGCGAGAACGCCAAGCGGGAUCUGAAGGAUGGGCUGGCUCUCUACAACUCAGAAAACAACAUAGGCCUGCGAAAUGCCUGGAACAUCAUCCAGGCAGAGUGGAAGUGCUGUGGUGUGAUAGCAUACACCGACUGGCAUGAUGCCCUCAAGGAGAAGGUAGUUCCUGACCGCUGCUGCCAGGAGCAUUACCAGAACUGUGGGCGAAAUUCCACAAACAUGUUCUGGAACAGGGGUUGCUUCGAGAAAGUGGAGGAAUGGCUGGAUGACAACAAACACCUGCUGGGAACCAUAGGCAUGGUCAUCUUGGUAGUGCAGCUCCUGGGCAUGGCGUUCUCCAUGACGCUGUUCCACCACAUCCACAGAACAGGGAAGAAGUACGACGCUUAGCCUUGGGGGGGAGGCAUCCACUGGAGAGGAGCCCCACUGCCUGAUGGGAUAAGACUCUGAUUUAAACACCCCUGCUCCCCCCUCCUCACUUUACAAUCUCUUUAGAGCAUCCUUUGCCCCCCCCCCCGUUCCCAUCCCAGACCCUCUGUACAGAUUCCAGCUGUGUCCCCGCUCUGUUCUGCUCUCUCCUCUCACCAUUCAUUUUGCCAAAGAGUAACACAACUGGAAGAGAAGGGACACCUACUUUUGGCAAGGAAGAGAAUCCCAUUGGUUGUCACUCCUCUUGAGUACAUUUCUAUUUUAUUGUCUUUUUUCUUUGCUUGGACUAACAAUUUGCUGGAAGGAAGGAUGGAUUUUGAGACAAUGAAGACUUUACUAAUGCCCACGCACACCACUCCGAGGCAAAGAGAACACAUGAAACUGAUGUUACCCUCCAGAUCUUGUGGAGUGUCUUUUUUCCUUAUGUUGAAGUCAAGCCCUCUUUUCACUUGUAAAUGGAAAAAGUUCCAACAUGGCAUGCUAGUUUUCUACUUAUCUGAUUUACCUUUGUCAUCAGAAUGUCAAACAUCUUCAUUUCUUUCUUUUUUUCUUUUUGUUGUAAGUAUGUCAUCGAUGCUCCUGUGGAAUGUAAGUGUUGAACAGAUCAGUGCAAUGAGUUUUCAGAUGCGUGUGUGUGUGGGGGGUUGGAUUUGAUGUGACGCUGCUGCAGAGGGGCACAGACACGUGGGGACGGUGUUUUAAUGCACGCCAUGAUUCAUAUAUUUUUCAUCUGGCUGUGGAGAUUUUUGGUAGAGUGAGCGUGAUAGAGGGACGUCAUGAUGAGCAUGAGAAAUCAUCAGUGGGUUUAUUUUACACCAAAUUCUGCAGGAUCCUCUGAAUAAUAAAUUGUAAUGCAUAAAUCUGCCUGUGAAAACACACACACACACACACACACGCACGUUGUGCUGCCACACAGCAGCAGUAUUCCCCUUCCCUAUGAGACAGUAUAAAUGGUGUAAAAUGGCUGUUUAUUAGGGCUCCACCAGGACUGUCAAGUGAAGAGAUCUGGGUGAUGUAGUUCCUCCUUCGAGAAUACCGAAGAAGUGUGUGUGUGUGUAUGUGUGGCUUUACGGAUGUGUUUUAUCACAUUGUCCAAGCUGCAGAGGAGAGAAAAAAAACAGCACACAGAAACACGAAGCAAAGCAAGGGCACAAGGGGCAAAAACAGAGCAGACAUGUUGUCUCCCUGCUACCAUCAAUUGUGUUAGCGGAGGCGGCUAGAGACUUUCUCUUCUAUAUUCUUGAGAUCUCAUCCAUUUGCUCUGCCCUCCUCACUCUUCCUCUCUUUAGCUGUCAGCUCCUCCUGCCUCCAUUUUUCUCUUUCUUUUUUCACCCCAAUUUUCUUCCCACGCGUCAGAAAGCAAGGAGCUUUAUGAUCCAUAUGUACACACAGUAUCUCUGCUGACAUUCCUGCUCAUCACACAGUCUAGUUUGCAACUUCACUGAUUUUACAUAAACUUCCUUUUCUCCCAGUCACAGCAGAGAGGGUGGCGGGAGUGUAGGCAGAUCAAAGCUUAGACCGAUAGGUAUGGCAACAUGCCCUAUAGAACUGUUUGUCUGUUUACUGCUGAUUCGCAGCUGGAAGCCUGAGCAUUAGCCUGCUUCUUCAAGACUGAAAAUACUCUCUAUCUGCUGUGGUGACUUAAAGAAAAUGCCCUCCAGUGUGUCUGCUCUAUAGGCUUCAAAGUUUCUGUGAGCAUGUGAGAGGAGGUAGUGUAAAAGACUGGCCUAUUGUUAAAGGAUCAUUUCAGUUUAGGGAGUCAUUUGGUUAUGAAUGGUUGUCAUCAGUUAUGCCAACACUGUACUCACUGAAGUAAACAGUGAGGACGUGGCUACAACAUUUAGGUGAUCAGAUCAGGUUGUGAACAGGCCAACAGUUUGACCAGAUUAAUAGGUAAUAAUCAAUAAUAAUUCCUCAGUACACAGGAAAACCAUGCCCGCACAGCUACAGUAAGUACAACAGGUCAAAGCUGAACUGAUGGAUUUUUUAGACAGCUUAAGCGCUCAUUUAUAUUCCCUUAAAUGUACGAAAUAGAUCUGUUCAUUUAAAACGAAGCUGUCACUGCCUACAUACCUACAUGCAUCCAAAUGUUGACAUACAUACAUUCACUAGAUGGCUCUAAGAGGCAGAGUGAAAACUCCCCCACAAUAACAAACAGGCGACAGUGGAGGAGGUUGUAGUAAUGUACCUUUUAACAAAGGCAGAAUUGUUGAACACAGUGUUCUGUGAGGCCAUUAAAAACAUCGCAACAUAUGGACGCCAUUUGUAAAAUGACUUUGACGUGUCCCAUGGUCAUGUCCCGCUUGAAAUACGCUACAUUGCCACCAUGAUUUCAGGAGGUACCACUCCAUCUUCUGAUCAAAUUCAGGAGUACGGACAGAAGGCGCUGUCAGAGUUAAGCAUUAAUUACCCUUAAGUAAUCAUUUCACAGCUCACCUUUGUUUACUCCUACAAAUAAAUUUGGCCAAUCUGGAAGUUUGUUUAAAACCUUUAUGAUCGUCUGACUGCUCAUGUUCCUUAUCCCUGGGACACACCGCCUGCAUGAGCAGCACAUGUGAGUCGAGGAACAUCUUGUAUUGUUUUUCGGUGCCUGUAUUAACAGGUUAUAGCAGCCACACUGCCUGUGUGAGCAUCACUGCUCAGCUGCUGCUAAGUUGAGGAACAUUGAGAAAAUAGGAGGCUAGCCAAUUUUUUUUCCGUGUGACUUUUUUCCGUUGCAAAAAUAGACUGACAGUGGUCUUUUAUUGAUCAUACUGAUAUUAUACCACCUUUCACUACAGUUUAAUCGCUAUAUCUGUCACAGACAUGAAAAAAAUAUAGUGAGCUGCAACAGUUCAGCAAGGUUGCCGUCACAUUUAACGGAAGACAUUUGGCCUUGUGUCACUGUAGGAGAAGCACAGUGAAAAUAAUGAAAUAAAUGAUGGCUGAGUUCCAUUUAGCUGCUUCAGGUUCUUGGUGUUGUCAGUGCUUAUUCACCGUCACUCUCACUGGAACACUUGAAUAAAACAAAGCCAGCAUUGGUGUUGUGCUGCACUUUUCCUACUGUGACAAGUCAAAAUAUCUGCUGUGAGAAAGGCUUAUUGCCAUGUUGCUUCAUUUCAAUACUCAAGACGUUGUGUUCAUAUGGCUGUUAUCUGUGUGGGAGGGGGUCUUGUUUUGCCUUCAAACAACAGCAACUUGUCUUCUGAUGUAACAAUGCCAUUUCCACACAAACACGGUUACAAGCAGCUGUUGGCAUCUCUCGCAGUGGGCGACAAAAUAUGCUGAUACAGACGCAAGGCUCACCAUUUCUUUAGAUUCGAAUCCGAAACUUUGCCAUACUGGUGCAGUUUUGGUUUUCUUUGAGACAAACUCUGUCAUGUCUUGUUUCGUCACCCCAAAAAACACAAACUUUCUGGUAAACAAACACAACGUGCACUGUGCGCAUCUUCCCGUCCUCCACCUCUACUGAAAUUUUACCCCUCCAUGUUGCCGGCCUUGACUUGGCAGAUAAUUGCACAUGGCCUGUCAGACACUAGUCUGUUUAUGAACAUCACGAUGUCACGUUGCUAAUGCAAUACAAGUUGAAUUUAGCACCGUGGUGCCGUCUGCACAAGUUGCUGUCUUUUAGUUUGCCACAACGUGUUAUAAUGACUAACGCCAGUACAGCCAGUUUGCUUAAAAUCAAACCAGUUUAAGCUGGUACACUGUACAAACUCAGAAGUUGACCCAGCUCUACUGCACACCCACACAGGUGUUUUCAAGCACUCUGGCUGAUCACACCUGUCCAUGGUGGGAAUUUUGGAGGACACCGUGUGGUGAUUAAAUUUCACAGUUAGAAUUCGGCCACUGAAAAUGCAGAGCAGUAAAAAUAGUGCACUAUAUUGCAGACAGGGAGUGAUUUUGGACACAGCCAGUUUUUCUGUCUUGAGCACAGUAAGGCGUCCUCAGUGCUUUGAUUAGCUCAUUUGUUCCUUUAACGACCAAAAGAAGAAAAACAGCCAUCAGUGCAGGACUUGUGUAGAAGCCACAGUCACACAACUCUAUGAAGAACUUACACUUACUGAUAGGAAGGAUGGCCAGAACUACUACGUUGUAUGAAAGCAUGUAAUAAACUGGAUCAGGAGAGGAUAGGUGAUCAUUUGUUUGCUGCUGUUGGAAGCUGAGUAGAGAAAUCAUUGGGACCAUUAGUGGAUGCGUUCUAAAUUGUAUCCAAGGUAAUCGCUGACGGGAGAGUUUGUUGCUUUGGAUGAAGCCUUGGAACUCAGACACUGUAUUGCUGCUACGUGGGCUAACAAGUGACACAGCAUUACCCACCAAGAUUCACUCAUUAGACAUUCUUCCAGUCUGGCAGCCUGUAUGCAUCAGAGUAUCGCCUGAAGUCAUUCUUAAGGUGUUUUUUUUUUUUUAAUAGUUUGAUAAUGACUUAAUCUGAGAGACAGUUUUAGGAGGAGAUUUGUGCAUCAGGAAGCAACAGAUUUGGGCUGUGAUGUGCGGCGACCCUGCUGGCUGUGAUUCACUGCCUGCCCCCAUAUGCUCCGACUCCUCUUGUUGUGUCCACGGGGGGAACAUGACAGCUGCUGAUGUACAGCGCAGGCACGAGUGGUCACAUCUCCUCUGCUUGGCUGCCUCCACAAACUCUCUACACAUCCCUUAUUUACUGCCUCGCUCUGCAGACACCCGGCACUACAUAUACAGUAGCUGGCAGCACUGACACUGUGGAAAUACAGCUGUGCUCUGUAGACGCCUGGAAGCAGCUGUGAGGUAUACUCUGCAUCCGGCAGGGUUUAUAGGAGGAAUAGCUGUAACUGGUUCUGUAAAUCAGACUGCAUUGUAACACUAUCUGCAGGCAAAAACUUAAGAAAAAAAACCCGAGAUAAAUAUUUUGUUUUGGUGCUUUGUCUUGCACGGGGGUGGAAAGUGUUUAAACGCGGAUGUCACUGAAAAUGUGAGAAUGAAGAAUAGAGGAAAUAAAACAAAUCCAGUGUCUGUUUCCGAAUCUGACGUCAUACUUCAGAGAGCCAGCCUGCAAACUCUGCAACUCUUUGCCCCCGACUGAUCUGACUGUACUGACAUUUUCUCCUCCGUGUGAACUCCCUUUUAGCUCUGCCACUGUCACCUAGAUUUCAUGGUCUUGUCAGAAAAACUGUUCCUUCGUGUUUUUUUGUUUUUUUUUUGAAUGCAGGGAUGAAUGCCGUUUUAACAAAAGCUGUUUAAUGAUGUUAUUUUUGUACAUUGGUUGUCGCUGUUUUAAUGUUUGUUUUUAUACGAUAUACUGUUGUUUUUUCCUGUUGUAGGCUGUUUUUACUGGCUUUUUAAAAAAAAAAAGAAAAAAUCAUUCAUGACAGAGGCUCUUUGUCGCUCAUUGUGAGUACAUGACACCAUUAAGCAUUUGUUUCAUAGAGGAUUAGUCUUUGCGAUGUUCCUCUACAAGGUGCAAAAAUGCCUUUCUGUCUUAACAUUGCUACGGGCAGUUGAAGCAAUUAAGUCAGAACUGAUAGGGAAAAAUUUGGCAUACAGCAUCGGGUAAAGCCCACAAAAGACAUAGUGCACGCUUGUCGUGGUGCUUCUCUGUAUUAAGACCUAGUUUAAUUAAAUUAGGACGUGCUGGUGUAAUCUGCAGUAUGUCUUUUAAAACUGCCAGUGUAAGAGCCAUUAUGUGUUUCUAGAGCAUGAUCUAUUAGAUGACACUGUACGACACAGAGCUCAUGUCACUACAGUAUAUCAGCCCUGUGCGUUAGUCCCGGAUGUAAAUAUGCUCAUUUUACAACUGAUGUAACUUACUGUUAUACUUUACCUCCGCCACUUGUAAUCAAAUUUACAUUGACAGUUUAAUUGCCAUUCUCAAUUGCCUAACAACUCAUGCUCUUUUACGCUCAUUUACGGACACGUCUUCCACCCAUAUGUUAUCAUGUUUGAUAGUUUGUUUCUGCCUCUGUGACGUACAGGAGCGGUGUAAAUUUGAUGUAAAUUUGUGUUUUCGUCAGUAUGGUUUUCAUAUUUUAUUUGCAUCUUGUAGUAAGACACGUUUUUCCGUUCUGUUUUUUUUUUGUUUGUUUGUUUGUUUGUUUGUUUUGUUUUGGAUGGAGUAUGAAGUAUUCCCUCUUAUCCAUGGAAGCACUCCCAGUAAGCCACUGGGCUGGUAAAGGAAGAACGCACACGCAGUAAUUGGGUUUUGUCUGCUGUGAAGAAUUUUGAGACAUAGGAGCUAUUUUUUAUUUUAUUUUAUUUGCCACCUUCGACAUAUUAUUUCUGUAAUCUCCUCCUAAUCCUUCCCCACCCGUGCUACAGCUGAAUAUCUGAGCAGUGGAAAUGUAUGCUCUAGAAAUGGUGUGUUUGAUGUUGUGUUCUGCUGGGUGGCACUAUCUGAUACCUGCCAGCCUUGUCCUGUGGAGUUUUUUCUGCUACAUGUGAAAGCACUCUGAAUAUCUAUACUAGGUGGUGCACUACCUUCUCUUUAUUCUCCAAAUCAACUAUUUUUUAAAUAAAGGAAAGAGUGUCACAAAAAUCCCACGAUACCGUACGCUCAUUGCCUUUCAUGUUUAAUGACUCGAUGCUCCUGAUGUAUUCCCUUUUUAUGUCACUGUCAAUUAUAUAGGCAGUGUUUAAACAGUGUUUGAUGCUGAAUUCUUUUUUUGGUGGGGGGUUGGACGACAGGACUUGGCAUGAAGAGCAAAGUGAAGCGGUGUCACAGCAGAUCCCAUGGUGUACUGAAUGAGAGAGAGUGGCGUCGCCGCCUUAAAAUGGCCUCUUCUUUUAAAAAAAGAAUAACAAAACCUGGGGGACUGCUGUCCUAAAGACGCUGAGAUGAGCUAAUGGUAGUCAGCCAGCCGAGCAGAGGGGUUUUUUAAAAGAACAAAAGGGAGAUGAUGAAAGUGGGAACCAUCGCCAAUUUGUCUCUCGUUUCCACAGCUUGGAGUGAGCAGCAGAGUAUUUUUGUACGGAGCUUUAUCCCUUUUUUUAACCUAAUUGUUAUCAGGCCCAUGUGUGAUAGUGAGUGGAGUUUAUUGUGCCAUUCCAUCCUGGCUUUUUGUUUUUCAUCACUGUUCCUUCUAUGCAAAAAUAUGACCUAUUUUAGCCUUUGUACAGAUUAUUUUGUAUGAGUAACAUGUACUGAAAUAAAGUAAACAGAAUCAACCGUGGA